UACUCUUCUCCCUCUCUCUCAAAAUACCCCGUCAAACCCCUCCUCCGGACCUCCCCUUAACCUCCACCGCAACCACCCUUUCUCUUCCACUAAUACCCCCACCACCCCUCCCUUUUUCCCUUCCGUACCCUCCCCCACCUUCUUCCCCGCCAACAUCUCCUCCUUCAUCCAUCCCCCUCCUCCCCAAAAUCCCUCUCCUCCAAACUCGUCGCCGUCCUCACCGUCACUGCAAUCAGCAAGCGUCUUCCUAGACCUCCGCCGCCACCGAACACCCCUGACGUCGACAAAAGUCUAACGUCUCGGACGUCAGCAAUGCGAACGCGCUGCGUGUUGUUGGUCACGUGCUUCCGAAGGCAGAGACGAUCAGCCGCCUCCGGAGUACUCUGAAUAAUAACAGCUCCGAGUUUCACUACCUCAGCAGCAUCGCCACCUCCCGCGGCGGCGCCAUCGGCGGCAGAGACAGAGACUUGAGCCUAAGGAUAACUCUCUCUUUCUCUCUCUCUCUCUCUCUCUCUCUCUCUCUCUCUCAUCUUAUAUAUACAUGCAUAUGUAUGUAUGCAUCUAUGUUUCACCCUUUUGGUUUAAGUAACACACUUGCGUACUAUCUCAGAAAAAAAAAAUGGAUUCAACUGGUAGCUCAUCACUGUCAGGAUGAUGGCCAAAAUCAAGAUUAGAAUCAACGUAAUUAGGGUUUGGGAGGAUUGGGCGUUUGGUGGCGAGGGUGGUUCUCCUGACUCCAGAGCAAUGACGCUUGAACUUGUUGCUGUUAACGAUCUGUUCAUCUUCCGAUCGUACUUAUAUUUUGAUGUUUUCUGAUUUGGAUUUGAUUUUGUUUUCUUGAUGUAGUUUUUAGGGUUUGGGAGGAUUGGAUGUUUGGUGGUGAGGGUGGUUCUCCAGACUCCAGAGCGAUGACACUUGAGCUCGUUGUUGUUAACGAUCCGUUCAUCUUCCGAUCGUACUUACAUUUUGAUGUUUUCUGAUUUGGAUUUGAUUUUGUUUUCUUGAUGUAGUGAUUAGGGUUCAGGAGGAUUGGGCGUUUGGUGGCGAGGGUGGUUCUCCAGACUCCAGAACGAUGACGCUUGAACUCGUUGCUGUUAACGAUCCGUUCAUCAGCACUGACUGCACGUACAUGGAUGAACAGACCUCCUGAUCGUGGACGAGGAAGAGCUAAUACUUCUCGUGGCCGGGGAAAACCCAAGGUCACUCAAGCUGAUAUUGAAGCCUACUUGAAGGGUCAUAAACUCCAAUUUCCUUCACUACAAGAUGCUGCCUUAGCAUCCACACCACUCUCACUUAAGGAGGUGGUGCAGUCUGAAGAGGUUUUCAAAUCACUGGAAACCACAGAAACAAUAAUGAUCCUGGAAUAUCAGGAUGAACAAUUCAAGAAUGAUCCAUGGGAAAUUAAGUCCCGCUAUUUGGAUACAAUGAGUUAUCCAGUUCCAGAAGGAAAAUAUAGAUAUAUUUAUGAGGCAAUGCUCUCAGAAUUUGGAUCGGUGGAAUUCCGCCACACUUAUGAGAGCAAAAUUGGACAAAAAAGUCCAAUAAGCUAUAGCAAGGCCAUAAUUAAGAUGGUCAUACCAAUUCACAAAUGUGGAAUACACCCCCAACAAUCUAAGACUUUGUCAAUAAAGGCAGAAAAUGGAAUUCCAGUUCAUUAUAAUUACUGGGAUUACAUUGAAGCCUGGACAAAGGCAUUUUACUACCAAAAUCAACGGAGGAAACACUCAUGGUUUCUUAAAAUUUGUCCAAAUCUUGUUGGACAGCAGGAAUUGCCAAAUUGGUUUUAUAUGUGGUGGUGUAAAUUUGGCACUCGAUCAGAUUAUCUUAUACCAGAAGUACAGAAGGAAUUGGAAUUCUUUACCAAUCAUCAUCCUCAAUUGCAGGAAACCAAUACUUCAGAAGGAAAAUCAUUCCUUUUUAUAAUAAUGACUUUUGGUAUCCCAUGGAUUUGGAAAUGGGAUAUUCAAUUUGGAAAUAAUAAAUUUGGAUUUCCAGUUCUACAAAGAACUUUUCAAUACAGAUGGUGGAAAGGUAUUAAUCUCAAUCAGACUCUUGCAAAAAUAAAAGCUGCAACCCAAGAAUUAAAACUACAAUUGAAAAGAAAGGAGCAGAGUUCUAAAAAGAAUCCCUUCUUGGAGAUCUCAGCCCAAAUCAAGGCAAAAAAUCCAUCUUUAACAGAUGAUGAAUUGGUAAUUAAGACCAUGGAUUAUAUGAAGAAUCAAUUUCUACAAUCUGUCCAAGGGACACAUAUAGCUGAUGAUGAGUCCAUGACAUCAGCAAAGAGCAAUGAAGAAGACAAUAAUCCUUUCACAUGCUUAGCAGGGGAAUCUCAAGACCCCUAUGAAGAUGAUGGAACAACACCAGCACCGACUUUAGGUGAUUUUUGGGACAGCAUGACGGAAAUGAUGGCAGAACAGCUGUCCUCUCGAAAAGGAAAAGAGAAAAAUCAAUAAUGGAAUAAUACUGCCAAACAACUUUCGGUUACUGACUCCACCAAAUUAUGGAGAAUAAAGUGACACCAAUUAUGGGUGUUUUUGAAGCAUCCAAUUAUCAGAUGUGACGAUGGGGCCCACAUGUGUACCCGACAUUUUGGUAAAUUUGGAUGUAAUUUGUGUUUAAUUUCAUUUGAAUUUCUUGUAGAGUCCUCUAUAUAUAGGAUGCUUCUGUAUUAGAGAAAUCAGGUUUUGGAUUGCCCCCUCUCUCUCUCUAAAAUCCAAGCACUCUGAUUUUCUCCUCUCCUCUUUUGCACAUUGGCUUCGGCCUUAAUAAUAAUAAGGUCAGUUUUCUUUUUGAUCCUUUGUACUGUUGAAUAUUAGUACAUUAUUUAGUAUCAGAGCCAGCAAUGGCUUAAAAUAAUCUGUUAGUGCAAGUAUAAAUUAUUCUAGCAUGGAGAUGCCUUUAAAUAAAAAUUAAUUAAACCACAAAAUUUAAAUGCAAGAAAACAUUUUAGGUAGUGGGACGUCACCCAAGUCGCGUUCGGAUUUGUUCGGCCAUGAGGACCCGGGAAGGGUAAUUUGGCCUUGCUCCGGUAAACCGUUGACAGGCGUGCUAUCCAAAAUGUUGUCAAAAAAGAAGGGGAUUACAUAAUAAGCGGUGAUAGCUAAGAAGGAUUUGUUUGGUUUUCUUAGAGAAAUGGGAUUAGCUUAAAUAUAAUUAGUAUAUAACAUUAUAACUUGGAUUGGAUUCGGAACGUGGGAUUAGAUAUCUGAUCCUCGGAUUCAGAUUACUGGAAUUGAAAUACCGAAUUCGGUUCGUUGAAUCUACCGCAUUACAGCAACAAUGAUUCAAUGGUUUUCCUUGAUUACACGUACUCCGAUCGUUGGGGGUGAGUGACGCUGUCCUUCUCGCCGGCAGAUCGCGCUGAUCGAUAGAAGUCUCCAGUCUCACUAAUCACCGGCAUCUCCUUACUUCUUCUCUGGGGGACGUUGGCCUCUGGUCAGGGAUCAAGGUACAGAACCAGUUUGUGGCAGACAUUACAUGCGGCAAUAUCAAAUGCAUAUGCAACCACUUAUGGAUUGUACAGUAAUCCACAGUUCAAGAAUGCGGGAAAAUUUAUGGCGUUGCGUGAUUUUCUGGCCCUUGCUAACAACACCAUUUCUAUUUCUGGUGUAUUGAUCAUUAUAGAGGUACAACUGCAGAUGAUUGUUCCCGUAUUUCGACAAGUAUGGAAAGGUGGUGGACAUCUUCAUUCCCAGAGAUUGAAGCCGUGCACUCCAAUCGUUGGGGGUGAACAAGCGACUUUCCCCACUCUUUUGGCUUCCAAAGAAGAAAAAUGACACCAGGUCCCAUACGUAUAUUUCUGGAACAGCUAAUCCUGCCCUUUCUCAGGUGGAAACAAACUCAUACUUCGAGAACUCAAUGCCAUUCGUCUAUUCAAUUAUUAAUAGGAAAGUCGAAAGACAAGGAGAAAUGGCUCAACAAAGACAUGGAGCAACCACAAAAGGCAAGGGAAAAGAUAAGACAGCCGGUUCUGACGGAAAAGAGAAAAAUUGGGUAUGAUGCUUGACAUUCUCUUUACAAAAAAUCUAGAGUAAAAUAUAAUCUGAUUGACUUGGUUGGUUGGUUCAACCUGAUAGUUCUUUUUAAAGCCAAUUGUUUUUUUAACUUUUUUUUUCCUUCCACAUUUUUUUGUCUAUUUUCCUUUUAAACAUGUGUGACACUUCCUGUAUUUAAUUCGUUGCCUUCCUAUUAGGGGAAGUGAUCUGUAAUGUUGUGUUCUGAAAUUAGUUCCUUUUUCAAAGUGUUCUAUCAAAACACAUCGUUGUGAAUUGACUUUGAUUACAAGCAUUGAGUCCCAAAACCAUAGGACCACCACAGGCUCAAAAUGAACCCCAUAGCAGACUCAGAGACCCCAAAAAAUAAAGAACCAACACCAGACUUAAAACCACAAGAAACAGACUCCCAGACCCAAACCCCAACAGCCUCCAGAACCAAACUCAAUGUAACACCUCCCAAACAGCAUUCGAGGACCAAAAAACACCCACACAAAUAGACGACUUUGCAAAUAGUAUUGAGGUAGUAUCGAGAUGUGUAUGUGCAUGUAGAUUCUUGGUUCAGAAAUCCUAAUUUGUCCUUCUGUGAACUGUGACCAUAAGUUUGUUUUUUCCUUUUUGAUUUGACCAUUGUUAUGAAUAUUGAACACAUGUUUCAUCUAUCUAUCAAUCUAUCUAUAAAAGGAGAGACCUUUCUGGUAUGGACAAGCUGGCUCACAUAUUCACUUUCCUUAGAAGACCCCGUAAGACAAUUCUAUUGCACAUUAACCAUUCAAAAAGGGGCAAGGGUGUAAUAUUACAUGCUUAAAGCACUUCCUAAAAAACCCAUGUUUGGAAGAAGAAGAAAAACUUGAUUGUGCACUUUUGAAUGGAACAAAUUUGUAGAGAGCUCUUGCAACAGCAAUUAAUGUUGUUUAUGCAUAAGGUAUUGCUAAGAAGAUUUGCACACACGUGUGCACCCAGCAUAUC